AGAGGGAGGUGGGUCUGCAGCCUGGCGGUUAGCUGGGGUCGGUCCACGUCCUGUGCGGGGAGGGCGGCGGGGCCCAGGCCUCCCGGAGAAGCGUUGUCUUACAAAAUGGUAGAGGAUGAGCUGGCACUGUUGGAUAAAAACAUAAAUGAGUUUUGGAAUAAAUUCAAAAGCAAUGUCAACGACACCUCCUGUCAGAUGGUGGGACUAAGGGAUAACUACAAGGACAUCAGUAAAGCAUUUACAGAAAAACUGUCUGUGAAAUUGAAGGAAGAAGAGCGAAUGGUUCAGAUGUACUUAGAAUAUCAAAAUCAGAUCUGCAGGCAGAAUAAGCUUAUUCAAGAAAAAAAAGAUAACUUGUUAAAGUUGAUUGGUGAAGUAAGUGGCAAAAAGCAGGAUUUGGAAGUACUGACUACAAAUAUCCAGGAUCUUAAGGAAGAAUAUGCUAGGAAGAAGGAAACUAUUUCCACUGCUAAGAAAACGAGUGAAGAGAGGUUGCAAAGGUUACAGAAGUCUGUAGACAUAUUUAAAGAUCGACUUGGACUAGAAAUUCGAAAAAUUUAUGGUGAUAAAUUGCAGUUUAUAUUCACUAAUAUUGACCCUAAGCAUCCUGAUAGCCCAUAUAUGUUUUGCCUGCACCUAAACGAAGCAAGGGACUAUGAAGUGUCAGAUAGUGCUCCUCAUCUUGAAUGCCUAGCAGAAUUUCAAGAGAACCUAAGGAAGACCAAAAAUUUUUCAGCCUUUCUUGCCAAUGUUCGGAAAGCUUUUAGUACUAUGGUUUAUAGUUAAUGUAUAAAUAGUACAUAAAAUAAAAACUGUUUAUUUUCUCCCCUGUU